AUGGAUGAAGAUAUGGAUCUAAGUCUGGAUGAGAUUAUCCGGAAGCGGAGGGUGCGUGCUCGGAAUGAGCGCUCCAGUGACAGUGGUUCGACACCGGCCGGUGUGACCGGAGGCGGCGGCGGUGGGUCACGCGGAUACCGCGGCGAAAAUAUGCUGGCGAACCGUCGCAAACCGAUUCCCGUGGUUGAUGCGCGCAUGAAAAUCAUCCACAACAAGCGCGCCAAAAUACGUGACGCACGGGAUCAGCUAAUCGAGAGCAGUCGGGGUCGUGAUGCUCGCUUCCGGCUGCAAAACCGAGCCGGUCCGUCGAAACACUUUCGCGCGCUAGCGACGCUACCUUCGUCGCGUGUACUGACCGCCGUUUCAAUCAACGGUCGGAACGUCGGUCCGGAGCAUUUCAAACCGAAACGUUCAAAGCGCCAUUACUCAACCGUAGAUUACAUGCCACAAACGGCACCGAUGCAACAAAUAAUCUCCCAUUACCGUCCCGCACCCGGUGGCAUCCCGUACCGAGGCGAGGACGUUGAAGAGAAUCCGUUCGCCCGCAUUGUGAGCCAUCAAUCAAUCAGCUCGAUGACAAAUGCAACGCGCACGUUGACGAACGAUGCAUUUUCCCUGCCUGGUUCGAUGCCUCCGUUGCCCAACUUUCGCACGGCACGGAAUACGGGUGUGCUGAUGAACGCCAGCAACGGUGCGUCGUUAAUGAAUUUCGCCAAAUCAUCCACUACCAUCAACCCGGAACCGGACCCGUUCGAUCAGUACGAGGUUAACCGGCGUCCGAAUUUCAGCGUACCACCGCCACCGUUACCAUCAAACCGACCGUUGCGUAGCAUCUUGCGCACCAGAUCAAACACCCCACCACCUCCGGUACUAUCGUCCCACGCGGUAUCCGCGACCGUGCCGAUGAAGCUGUCAUCGAGCAUGCGUGCCCGGCUGGAGCGUGCUCCGAACCCUAACAAAUCGAUGGGCAUCUUUGCGUACAACUUUAAUGGGGAGCAGUCAAUGGUUAAAAAUUAUACAACCCGUUCACCUAGCCCGCCAGCUGCCGUCACCGCCGGGUAUCGGAUUGUCGUUAGCAAUCUGCAUUCUAACGUCACACAGAUCGACAUACAGGAAUUGUUCGAAGAUAUUGGCGAUCUGCUCGAGUCAAGGCUGGUACGUCCGGGAGUAGCCGAGGUAAUAUAUCGUAAUUUAAAAGAUGCUGAAAAGGCGGUAGAUGCUUAUCAUAACCGCCACUUGGAUGGGCAGCCAAUGAACUGUCUGUUGGUCAAUCCGCGUGCUACGUACAAAGCUAAUCCAACUAAUUUCAUAUAUGGCCGGUAA